ACUCAGCUGAAGCCAGUCUGCUGGCAGAGCAGAUUAUUGACUGCUCUCUACUGUCUGCUUAAGUUUACAUAUCUGGAUCUAUAUUCAUCCCUUCCUCCUCAUGCUCAGCGCCACGGCGGAGGGAUACUGUCGGGUUGGCGGUAUGGAGUGCCGGGCUGACCUGAAGCCGUGCAUCGAGUACCACGACCUGGAGGCCGCCGAGGCGCUGGUCAGCAUGAGCUUCUGGGGUCAAAUGUCGCACAAGCCCCGCCCCCUGACCCCCACCUCCGACUCCUGCGACUCCAUCCACCUCCAAGGGGGGGGGGGGGCUCCCAAAGACCUGAUCGCCCUGUCCUCGCUGUGUAUGACUCCACCUCACAGUCCCAGCUUCCCCUCGGACACCUCAGCCCCACCCUCGGAGACGUUGGCCCCCCAGGCGGACUCGUGCGUCCUCACCAGCGUCAUCCGCCACACCGACAGCCUCGCCGCCCCCCCGCCCACAGACCCCCCCCCCCCGCCUGCACAGACCCCCUCGCCGCCGCUGCCCCCCCCCUCGCCGCUGCUCUGCCAGGUGUUCAGCAGCCACUCGGGUUUGAUCUCCGCCUUCGUGCAGGCUCCGGUGCAGGUGCAGCCGGCGGGGGGGCCGAAGCCCAUCCUUCCCCAGACCCCCCCCAGCUUCGCGCAGCCCCUGCUGGUGGGCUCGGCCGUGUCGCCGGGCACCGUGAUGUUCGUCGUCCCGCAGGCAUCUGCAGCGCCACAGGCCGUCAUGACACUGGGAAAUACCAAGCUCCUCCCCCUGGCGCCGGCACCCGUCUACCUGCCGGCCGGGGGCAGCGGCGGGGUGACACAGGCCGACUUCUCCCGCCGCCGAAACUACGUCUGCAACUUCCCCGGCUGCAAGAAAACCUACUUCAAGAGCUCGCACCUGAAGGCUCACCUGCGCACACACACAGGCGAGAAGCCCUUCAGCUGCCACUGGGAAGGCUGCGAUAAAAAGUUUGCCCGAUCCGACGAGCUGUCGCGGCACCGCCGGACGCACACGGGCGAGAAGAAGUUUGUCUGCAGCGUCUGCGAUCGGCGCUUCAUGCGCAGCGAUCACCUGACCAAACAUGCCCGGCGUCACAUGACCACCAAGAGGGCGUCGUCGUGGCCCGCCGAGCCCCGAGACCUCAACAAGGGCCUGAACAGAGGACCCCCCCCUGCACUUCCUGUCGGUGUGCUGGUGUCCACCGCCAACUAAUAGUCUACUCAGGACCCAAACUGUGACUCUCAAUCAGCUCCAGAACCGGAGGAACUUUUCUACAAAUCACUCUGCUGGCCAGAAGCCGAGUGCCGGCUGUGUCUGCGCGACAAACUCAGAUAAUAUAAUUCCCGCUCUUUCCUUCUGCUCUAGGUUCUCAGACGUCAGGUGACCAAACGUCCCUUUCCGAAUGUUUCUCAGACUAAAAGUCGAGCCUCUCAUUACACUCCGGGCCUCAAGUCUAAGUGCUAACGUUAGCAUGUUACCAUGAUAAUGUCAAAACAUGUUAGCCUCCUGAUGUAUAGCAUGUUAACGAGCUCACAGUUAGCAUGCACAGAGGCUAAUGUUUAGUAUGUAACGCUCAGUUUUACAUGCCAACUUUCAUUAGCUGACAUUGGUGCAAUUAGCAUGCUAAUGUUAGCAUGAUGCUGUUGAGAUGCUGCUGUGAUAGCGUGUUAGCAUGCUUUCCUGCCAACCUUUAUGUGCUGACAGCAUACAAUUAUCAUGCUAAUGUUAGAAUGUGGGUUGGAAAGGGAAGCUGUCCUCGCUCCCCAACAUCCUGGCAAUGUGACUCAUUAAGAAGAGUUUUUAAAGGGUUUGUAUUUUUACAUUUGACUUUUUGAGCUGCAACGAUUAAACUCAGCUCAAGCUUUCCGCCUGUCGGAUAUAAAGAGCACUACUCCUUCAGUUUAUAUAAUAGUACAGUGAGUAUCUUUGGGGUUUCACUCAAACAACCGGGCAUUGAAAGACCUUCAGAAAACAGGAAGGUCAUUUCACUGUCCAAACGAUUAUUCCUGAAUAUCUGCAGCCCUUCAAAUAAACAGCGUUGAAAACCAUCGUCUUCAGUCGUUGUGUUUGGAAACAGACUAAAGGCCCGCAGUACAGAUGAGGUUCCAGGUGUUUGAAACUUAAUAUAUAUUCCAAUAGAAAUCGUGUAGACGCAGCCGGCGGAGGUCGGACGAGCUUUCCGACAUGCUCAGGACAUUUAUUCCACAAACUCACCGUAAGAGGAGGGCGACGGAGACAGGCUGCUAUUCCACGGACAGAAACCAACAGAAACCUGACAUUGCACUGGAUUUUUUAAUCUUGCUUGUUUUUGUACUCUCUCCGUGUAUACUCAUGUUUACUUCAUGUGUAAAUGUCACGUUUAGCAAAGAUGUAUGCACUCUUUUUAUUUGUUGCCAAAGCCUCUGUAUUGUGCUUCUACUAUUGUUGUUGUUGUUAUUAUUAUUAGCCUACUUCUGUUAAUGUGUCUGUAAAUAUUGUAAAUAUAUUGAUAUCUAUAUGAAUGUGACGUGUAUUCCAAUCUGCAUUUAUUGACAGUACGAGUUAUGGAUAUUUUACAAAUGUCAGUGAACAGUUUUCCUCACUGUGAUACUACCUACUCUCUUUACACGGCUAUUAUUGAAUAAGGCAUUGGUUGAGGAAGCAGUGCUGUCAUUUCGAUAGCCGGAUUUGGCCCAUAGUGUAGCCAGUAAUAAAAUACCUCGUUAUUAAAUGUUAUUCUUAAUAAUAACGGCUUAUAUCUGAAUAAUCCCAUGUCCUGAACAUUUGCCUGUAAGCGAUGUUGAAGAAUAUGGCUUUUAUAAUAAAAUGUACCAUGAAAAGUA